AUGAGUACACCGUCGCCUUCAACUGACUCUCAACGUCAUCAUCACCAUCAUCAUCACCAUCAUCAUCAUCCUCAUCAUCCACCUUCUUCUGAUAAUCCACCAAAUUUACUUAAUCUUGAAAAUGAUCAAGAACGAACAAAUUAUAUAAUUGAUACGUUUGUAAAAAAUUUUGGUGAAGGUAUGCGUGAAAAUCCAAAAGGUUGGCGAGGUCGUUUUCGUAAAAUGGCUUCAGAUGAAUUUGCAUUCUAUCGUGGUUCAGCUGUACUUUUUUAUCGUGAUCUUCAUCGUAUUCUUGCAGAAGAUCCAUGGUUAAAAAAUUGUAAAAAAGCUUCAACUAUAUUUAUUCACGGUGAUCUUCAUGCUGAGAAUUUCGGUACAUAUAUUGAUCGUUUUGGUCUUAUUAAUUUUGAUGUCAAUGAUUUUGAUGAAGGUUAUAUUGGUCCAUUUACAUGGGAUAUCAAACGUUUAGUUGCUAGUUUAAAUUUAGUAACAUUUUCCAAAGCAUAUUGUGAUAAAAAAAUUGAAAAAAUUAUUACAUGUGUUGUUCGUUCUUAUCUAACACAAAUAUAUGAAUAUUGUAAAUCACCUGAACAACAUAAUAUCCCAAUAUCAAGUGAAAAUACUCAAGGACCAAUAAAUAAAUUAAUAAAAGAAUCACGUUUGGGUUCAAAAGAAGCUCAUUUAGAUACUAUGACAACAGUAGAAAAUUAUGAAAGAAGAUUCAUACGUUCAACCAUUGUUAAAGAUGUUUCUGAUGAUGUACGUCAUCAAUUAUUACUUGCUUUUCAAGAAUAUGUACGAACAAUACCCGAAGGUAAAAAAGAAGCAUCAUGGACAUAUCGAGUAAAAGAUAUUGUAUCACGUUCAUCACCUGGUAUUGGAUCAGCAGGUGCAAUAUCUUACAAUAUAUUAAUACAAGGAAGAACACAAGCAUUAGAAACUGAUGUUGUUAUAUUUAUGAAGCCAGCAACAAAAUCAGCUGUUGCUACUGUUAUCAAAACUCCUGAACUUGAACAGUAUUUCAAACAUGAUGGUCUACGAACUGUAUUAUGUGCAUAUGCUAUGCAUGCUGUAACAACAAAAUGGUUAGGAUAUACAACAUUAAAUAAUCAAAUACCAUUAUUUGUUGAUGAAGUUGCAACACAUAGUCAAGAUCUUGAUUGGAAAGAUAUCAAUGAUUUUGAAGAGAUCUGUCAAACAGCUGAAAUUUUAGGCAAAGCAAUGGCUAAAAUUCAUUGUAUAGCCGAUAUUGAUUCGAUUGAUAAAGAGCAACAUGGAGAACAACAUGCACAUUUAAUUCCAUUCAAUCUUAUACCGAGACAUUCAGAAAUAACUAUUCGAGAUGCUAUCGGUGGAAAUGAUGAAGCUUUUGUUAAGGAUAUGGUUACAUUUGCUAUGACGUAUGGUAAUGCGGUUCGUCGUGAUCAUCGAUUGUUUUUCGAAGCCUUUCGUAAUGAACAAAUUCCAAUAAUAAAUGAAGAACAAGCUCAAUCAGAACAACAUCAACCUCCUCCUGUUCCACAGAGUGGCCACUAA